GGCACCUCGCCCCCGGACGCGGCACGCGCUAGCGCACGUGGCAGCGGCCGCCCCUCCACCCCGCCCCGGAUCUCGCCUCGGAUCCUCCCUCUCUUCCGGCACCAGCCAGCCCAGUACGGGAGUACUACACUACUACUGCUGCUACCCGCUGCCAGUAGUACCACCGGAGGUCCGGAGCCUCUCUCUCCCUCCCUCCCUCCCUCCCUCCAUGGCAUUGCGUGUGAUCUGCUGCGUGGCGUGCGCCUGCUACUGCUAGGUUGCUUUGCUCCUCCACGUGCGCGGCGCUCGCUGCUGCUGCCGUGCCGACGUGCCGUGCCUUGUGGACUUCCUCCCUCCCUCCCUCCCCCGGUUGCGGGUGGAGUUUUGGUUGGGGAGAAAAGGAGAGGCGGAGGUGGAGGAGGAGCGCUGCCUGCCACGGCCGCUGCGCCAGGUGCCAGGCGAGGCGAGGUGAGGUGAGGUGGGUGGUGGCUCACGGGCGCUUCACGGGUUCCGCGCCGCCUUUGCCUUUGCUUUCACUCACACGGAAAGUGCUGCCGCGCGUGACGCCCCAACCGCCCCAACGCCGACGUCGCCGCGCCGCGCCGCAUACAUAUCCCGCGCUCCCCGCGUGCCAGUGCAGUGCCCGCUUCGCUCCUUCCGUCGAUCUGCGGUCCCGCGCCGUGCUCGAUCGAUUGGUUCCGACCGACCGGCUCCCGGCUGCCGGCAGUGAAUGAGCAUGGGGCGCUACGCGGCCUCAACGGAUCCGGAGGCGGGCAGGGACGGGGACGGGGCCGUCCUGCUCCGCUCGCCCAGCGGGGCCACCGCGCGGGUGAGCCUGCACGGCGGGCAGGUCGUCUCCUGGAAGAACGACCGGGGAGAUGAGCUCCUCUUCACCAGCAGCAAGGCAAUCAUGAAGCCACCAAAGGCGAUGCGUGGCGGCAUUCCGAUAUGCUUUCCACAGUUUGGAAACUGCGGGACCUUGGAGCGACAUGGAUUUGCGAGGAACAGGAUGUGGGCCCUCGACGAGGAGCAUCCAGGAUUAAGUCGUAGUGACAGUGGCAGCAGAUCUCUUGUUGACCUUAUCCUAAAGCCAUCUGAAGAGGACCAGAAGAGCUGGCCACAUAGUUUCGAGUUCCGGCUGAGAAUCUCUCUCACAAAGGACGGUGACCUCUCACUGGUAUCGCGCAUCAGAAACGUCAAUGGCAAGCCAUUCAGUUUCUCAUUUGCCUACCACACAUAUCUCUCAGUCUCAGACAUCAGCGAGGUGAGGAUAGAAGGCUUGGAGACCCUCGAUUACCUUGACAAUCUCAGCCAGCGGGAACGCCACACCGAACAAGGAGACGCCAUAACAUUCGAAUCAGAGGUGGACCGAGUGUAUGUCAGCUCGCCGAACGUGAUAGCGGUGCUCGACCAUGAGAAGAAGCGCACAUUCGUCAUAAGAAAGGACGGCCUCCCCGACACCGUGGUGUGGAACCCGUGGGAGAAGAAGGCCAAGACGAUGGCGGACUUCGGGGACGAGGAGUACAAGCAGACGCUGUGCGUGGACGCGGCGGCGGCGGAGCGGCCCAUCACGCUGAGGCCCGGGGAGGAGUGGACGGGGAGGCUGGAGCUCUCCGCCGUGCCGUCCACCAACUGCAGCGACCACCUCGAUCAGCCCGGCAUCAUGUGAUGGCGUGCUAGCGUGUAGCGUGGUUGGUGAUAGGUUACAGUGCUGUCUGUAUGUGUAGCCACCCGUCUGUCAGUCAGGGAGUCGCUUUCGUUGUACUAGCAUCUUUGUACAUGGGAUCAGUAGGUUUGGUUGGAUCCGUGGUGGUGGUCGGCCGGCGGCGCUGGAUUCGCCGGUGCCGAGACCUGGUUUCUGGAAUGUCGCCGGUGCCGAGACCUGGUUUCUGGAAUGCCAUCAACCUUUUUUUAAAA